AUGGCAGAAUAUUCCAGUGUUCAGGGUAAGCCGAGUGCAGCGUUGUGGUAUUGGGCUGAAGUCAUCAUGGUUGCAAACCUGAAUCUUGCCUAUGCCACUGUUCACGAGGCUUCCGUGGUGGAGGCGCUGUUGAAAGCUCGUGCAAAUGUGGAAGCCAGAAACCAUGAAGGCCUUCGGGCUGCGGAUAUUGCUUUGCAGGCUUCGCAGGGUGAAAGUUCACAGGGAUUGUGCACGAAUCCAGACAGCAAGCUUCAAGACUGGGACGCCACAGCAGGCACCUUCUUAGGGUUCAUACAGAAGAUCCCACACCUGCUGCACAUGGGCAUCAACGCAGUUGAAUUGCUUCCUGUCUUCGAGUUCGAUGAGACCGCGUGUCCAAGGAAGAACCCCAAAAAUGGUGAGCAGCUUUGCCAUUUCUGGGGAUAUUCCACAGUUAAUUUUUGUGUUCCGAUGCAGCGCUUUUCUUCCCGAGACCGCAUUGGUGCUGCUAUCGUUGGUUUUAAGACUAUGGUUAGAGAACUCCACCGUCAAGGCAUUGAAGUUAUCCUGGAUGUUGUCUUCAACCAUACCGCAGAGGGUGCUUGGGGCGAGCACUAUUGGCACAGCUGGGCGGCUAUUGCAAAGCAUCGCUACUACAUCCUGAGCCAUGGUCAGGACACAAACUACACAGGUUGUGGAAACACUGUCAAUGCCAAUGACCCGAUGUGUUCAGACUGGAUCGUCGAAUGUUUGAGUUACUGGGUAGAUGAGAUGCACGUUGAUGGAUUCCGCUUUGAUUUGGCGUCUGCCCUCACAAGGGGCAAUGAUGGCAAGGUAUCAAUGGAUCCGCUGCUGAUGAGGAAGAUGGCCAAUGAGCCAAAGUUGAAGAGAGCAAAAUUCAUUGCAGAAGCUUGGGACUGCUCUUGGCCUGACGGCUACUUGGUUGGAAAGUUCCCAUCUGGUGGACCUCCCAGAUGGGCCGAGUGGAAUGGCAUUUUCCGAGAUACUGUCCGUUGUUUUAUCAAAGGAGAUGAGGGUAAGAAGGGCGACUUUGCCACCAGGAUUUGCGGGAGCUCAGACCUCUUCAAGCACAAUGGGAGGAAGCCUUACCACUCCAUAAACUUCAUCACUGCACAUGAUGGAUUUACCCUCAAGGAUUUGGUAUCUUACAACGGCAAGCACAACACCUGCAAUGGCGAGAAUAGCGGAGAUGAUCACAACAACUCCUGGAACUGUGGCUACGAAGGUGAAACAGGGGAUGGCGGUGUCAAGCACCUUCGCAACAAGCAGAUGAGAAACUUCUUAGUCGCGCUGUUCAUGAGCGCUGGGACACCAAUGAUCCUCUAUGGCGAUGAGUAUGGCCGAUCUCAGUGGGGCUGCAACAACGGCUGGUGUCAAGAUACAAGAUGCUGGUUUUCCUGGAGUGAUUGUGAGAAAGAACAAGACAGACUGAUCAGAUUUACAAGGCUUUUGAUAUCCUUGAGGAAGAAUUACUCGGGCAUUUUCAAUCGAGAGGAAUUCGUCAGCAACAAGGACAUUUGGUGGCGAGUGCAUUGGGAUGAUCCAUACAACUACAUUUGCUACGUGCUCCAUGAUCACCAUGCCACUGGGCAAGGUUACGCUGGCCUGCUGGUGGCGUUCAAUGCUGGUCAUGAGGUGCGGAGUUGCAACCUUCCGGAAGGAAAGCCUUGGUAUCGUAUCAUUGACACAAAUUUGGGGCCACCAGAUGACAUCUGCGAAAAUGAGGCUUCUGCAGUCAGGAUCAGCUCACACUCCUAUGUCAUGCAGCCAUACAGUUGCAUUGUCCUGAAGACCUUCUCGGACAAAUUGCAUGUGUCCAUCAAGGAAUAUGCAAAGAGUGACGCGGAGUAUGGUGCCGAUCAGGACUUAAACCGACAUAUGAAAGAGAUCAUCAAGAGGCGCAUGUCUUUGGAGUUCACAUCCAGCGUGGCUGCUCCUUCGCUAGAAGACAUUGGUCGGCGACGAAGCAAUGAAGCCAUGGAGCGGAUGCAGUCCAUGGUGCGAAUGCGAUCGCUGAUGUCAGGUGCCUUCCUGGAUGCAUUGGAUGAAGGGGAAGGAAAUGAAGAAAAGGAUUUUUCGUUUUCCCCUUCGCCUCGCGAGGCGAAAGCACCGACUCCUGUGAGUAAGUCACCAAGGGCAGAGCCAAGAGCUGCCUUGCCAGGAAAGCCAGUGACAGGACAGACAUUGUACACUGGAGCCUUGCCAGGGAAGCCAGUGACAGGAGAUCAAGGGAUCCAGGUGAUAUCCCAGAACUUGGGUGACAAACGGGUGGAGGCCCUGCUCCAUCCGACUCCUGGUGGAGGCAGUGUGCUUGAAGUUAUGGCAAGAGGCUUUGGAGGUGAGCUGAUCUUUCAUUGGGGUGUGAUUCAGAGUCCAGGAGCAGGUUGGUCAAAUCCACCCGAGGAGGUCCAGAAUGGCAGCUGGCCGACAAAGACAAAGACCUUCCCUGGUGCCAACCAAACACACUUCAGCGAAGAGGAAACUGAUGGGUUCAGGCGUGUCCUGAUCAGCUUCCCCAGCAAGUUCAAGCUAAGAGCUGUGAAGUUCGUUCUCCAUCAACCUCCGAAAGGGUGGCACAAGCCAGGCAAUUCCGACUUUUGCGCAGAGUGGCCGCAGGACGAGUCCCUUUUCAAGGCCCGUUGA